AUGGGGUUGCCACAGUCUGGUGAGUGUCUGCCUCUGCACAAGCACGCUUCUUCCUCAGUACCAGCCUACUUCAGUUCUUUUCUUACAUUUCAUCCCCGGCCGAACGAUGGCUUGAGUUCUGACAAUCCCAACUCGUUCCUCAACAGGCUGGUUGCCACGCUGGGCCAGAAUAGCACGUCCAAGAAAAUCAAUAGAAAAGCCAUCUUGGGUGUGGAUGUCCCUCGAGCCUGUGACACCAUCAUGCAUCCCGAAGCGCCAAUGGCCUUGCGGCUUCAAGGCAAUCUUCUAUACGGCAUCUCCAAAGUGUACAGUCGUCAAUGCGUGUACACUUUGACCGACGUACAGGCCAUGCUAGACAAAAUGAAGACUGCACUCAAAGUCGUUCAUGGCAGGGGAUUGCAUGUGGAUGCUGGCAAAGCGAGACCCGAGGAGCUUGUUGUACCCUAUGACCCAGCUUUCAUUCCCGACUUCACCUUUCCCGGUCUUGACCUUGACCUGUUGAACCCUUGCGGUCCGGCUGCCCCUGAUCUAAAGCUUAACUCGAACUUGAUCUCGUCUAAUCUGAGUGUCUCGCCUCACUCUCAGCUCGAUCUCGACACCCUUCCUCAACUAGAUGUUGACUCUUCUAGUAACACGCUCGCUGAAUUUGGGAGAUUCUCUUUUGAUAGCGGAAGUAUUCAUUCUGCAAAACAACGCAACGUUUUCGGAAGGUCGGAGAUCAAAACUGAAGAAGAGGGUGUUCUUCUUCAACCCGACUUCGAUUUCGACGAAGAAGGUAACAUUUUUGAUCUUGUUAUGACCGACGCUCCAGCCAUACAAGUUGAGACGCCAGUCAGGGGCAGGUCGGAAGAUAUCGUGCAAGUUCCACAAGAAAAUGCUACAAUGGUCACUCCUGUUGGGAACAAUCUUCGUGACGGUCUUCAACAGGACGAUAACCUCGAUGCGCGUGAAGGGUCAUCCCCAACCUGGGGUCGCCUCCCCGACCCUGAGUAUGUUGACAAAUCCCCACAGGAUCGAAACGCAGGAUCUAAUCGGAAGAUCAGAGCACGGAAGGCUUUGGAAAUGGACGCACUAACCCAGAUUGCUAGAGGAGAGUUGCUCCUAUGGGAUAAGGAAUACCUACAAAACAUGUCUCGCCUUGAUAUUCAAAAGGCGUACGCCAGAAGUCUUGCACAAGCUAGAAAGAAUGCGACAUCAUGGAUCUCUGGUCGUGGUAUCGGCUCUGUUGGGAUAGGUCUCGGUGUCGAUUGUGUAUCACAUCCUUUGAAAAGCUUCUGCGGAGAAGCACUUAUUAUUGCUCUUUCAGAUGAGCAACCCAUGACCAAGCAGGGACGGAAGCGUAGUUCCAGCGAUGUCAGUCACGAAGAAGGAAGAAAUGUGCGCCCAAAAGUUUCGCAUGGAGAACUUGAAGUCAGUGUGGCUCACCCAGGUGGACCAGGUGGCCAGCAGGAGGAUGUUGAACUUGGUCUUGAUGCUCCGCCGUCUCUCCCUGACGAUGCUCCUUCCCAAAUGCCGUGGAAUAUCACAGCAUCUCUGCAAGGAUCAGUCGCAGGCUCUUCGAGUGUGUCUCGUUAUUAUUAUGGCGGCUUAGGUAGACGAGGCAGCCGCUUCCCAAGUGCUAGUCCGCUUGCAGGACGAGGUUUGCCUCAGGACCUAUUCGGUCAUGACAGUCUCAGCAGUCUGUCGCUCAGGGAUUUCGGGGGGUUUCAUGACGAUGGAUCAGGGGGUUUCAUGGAUGAAGACCAGUCCGCACAACAUGCAGAACUUUCCAAAUUCGAAAGUCAGCUCACAGUGUCGAGCCUCGAUGACACGGACAGAAACUUCGUCGACUUUCUGAAGGUUCGCGUUCAACAUGCGAGACUAGCUCAAGACGGCGAGGAGUCAUCUCAAUCUCAGAAAAUGGCGUUCUCCAAAUUAUUACCACCAAAGCUUACCUCUCGCGCAGUGGCAACGCAAGCACUGAUGCAUGUGCUGACACUUGCGAGCAAAAGUAUCAUCCAGGUUUCGCAAAGCAAGCGUUGCCAAGGACCGGCGUACGUUAUUGACGACCUCGACGAGAUACGCCUAGUGAUCAGAGGCUAG